AGGAGAACAUUGAAGAAAGAAAUCACCGAAAGAGAGGCUUAAAAUGGGUUCAAGAAAUAUGCAUCUGGAGAUGAUUCUGUCGCCAAUGGCUCUGCACCACACACGCGAUACAAUUCACAAAAUGGAGCACCAUCCACCCUAUGCGCCCUUUUAUGGGAUUAUGGGCGUGGUGUCGGCCAUUGUGUUGUCCUCGUUUGGGGCUGCCUAUGGCACAGCUGUAUCCGGAACGGGCAUAGCCGCAACGGCUGUUAUGCGUCCCGAGUUGAUCAUGAAGUCGAUCAUACCCGUGGUGAUGGCUGGAAUUACAGCCAUCUACGGGCUGGUGGUGGCCGUUCUGAUCUCUGGAGUGCUGGAUACCAGCGAGACCUAUUCGCUAUCCAAAGGCUACAUCCACCUGGCCGCUGGGCUCGCCGUGGGAAUGACUGGACUGGCCGCUGGAUAUGCUGUCGGUAUUGUUGGCGAUGAGGGUGUACGAAACACCGCCUUGCAGCCGCGUCUGUUCGUUGGAAUGAUUCUCAUUUUGAUAUUCGCCGAAGUACUUGGACUGUAUGGCCUCAUUCUCGGCGUCUACAUGUACACGGUGGAUGUUUAAUGCACUAAAACAAAUUUGAUGAAGCUGAGGAGAU